AAACAUAAAAAAAAAUUCAACCUAUCCUAAUUUUUAGAUAAAUCUACAAGUGAUGAAGGCGUCAUAAAUUUGGCAACAUUGCAAAUGCACUCACAGCUUUGCUUCUUAGAACUUUUAUUUGAAUUUAUUCACAUAACCCACAAAAAAAUAUUUAGAAAGAGAACAAACCAUUAAGAUAAGAAUGUCCUGUCCUACUUUUUAGCAAUUUUUUCUGUAAUGUCAGUUUAAUUUGAUACCUGUCAACAAUACUUUAGUUUAGAUUUAAAUGUUAAGAUUGCACGUCGGUUUUAGGAAAAUUUCAUUUUAUUUUAAAAUAUUUAUCAGGAAAUUAAAUUAAUUACGUACGUAAUUACAAAUCAAACAAUGUCAUAUAAAAUUACAACCAAAGACAUUAAAAAAUUUCGUGUCGCAUAUACAAAAUAUGUUUCAAUGGAGUCACAAGAAAAAAUUAAAUCUUUGGACUUUUCUUAUAACGGAGAGACUCUUAUUGCAAAUACAAACAAAAUCCUUAAUGUUAUAAAAAUCGAUGAUAGAUUAUCCAAAGCUGCUAUCCCUUCAUUUAAGUAUGGAUUAGGAAUAGUAAAAUUCUUUGAUUUACAUUUUGUGAUUUGCACAUCAGCCAAACAUUAUUUUCCUGAUCCCGUAAAAAAUUUAGCAUUGAGAUUACUAGAUCUAGAUAGUGAAGGUUUUAAAAGAUAUUUUCAAGGACACACUGAAAAGGUGGUGUCUUUAUCUGUGUCAUCAAAUUAUAAUAUUGCUUCAGGAUCUAGGGAUAAAACUGUUUUACUUUGGGAUGAAAGAAGUGAUACACCCAGAAGAAAAUUAGCAUUCGAUUCAACACCUUUGGUGGCAUAUCAUCCUUCUGGAGAGUUUUUCGCCGUUUGCCAUGACUCUAGUAUAAUCAAAAUUUUCUCCAGAAAGAAAUUAUCUGAAGAAAUUAAUAAGAAAGAACACGAGAAAUUGCCAGGAGUUGAAUGGACAAGCUUAAAAUAUUCAAAUGAUGGAAAACUAUUGAUGGUGACAACAAAUUUUAAACGUGUGAUCAUUUUUUGUGCAGAAACAUUAGAUGAGUUACAUAAUCUAAUUGGAAAUACGAAUCUACCAUUUAGUGGAUUUGUCGAUGCAUGUUUCGCUCCUGAAUCAAAUAUUGUUUUUACUGGUAGUGAAGAAAAUUCUAAUUCUGUUUGGUGUUUAAAAAAAUCUUUAAAGAAAUUUGAUUUACAUAGCGGACACGAAAAUCCUUGUCCAUUAGUUUUAUUUAAUCCAGCUUAUAUGUUGUUCGUGUCUGCAGGUGACAAUAUUCAUUUGUGGAUUGAAGAUGACCUUUAGAUAAUUUUUCCAUGUUUUGUAUGUUUCUCAAUAAAACAAAUCUUAUUAUCUGCUGCCCUAACACAG